AUGACGUUUAGGAAAAAUGAAACAAAAUCUUCAUUAAAAGUGUCCCGAAUUAAAGGAGGGACUUAUGCAGAUAUUCGAGAAGUACCAUAUCAAGCUCAAAUCAUUUGCAAUGGAAAGCUGAUCUGUGGUGCUUCGAUAAUAGAUAAAUACUGGCUCGUAUCUGCUGCCCAUUGCUUCAAUGAGUGUAAAAAUAAUAUGUGGGUGAUGAUUGGCUCCUCAACGAAGGAAACCGGUUAUCGUUAUGAUGUUCAAUCUAUUAUUGUACACGAAAAUUACGAUAAAAUAACUUUCGAUAAUGAUAUCAGUUUGUUGAAGUUAUCUCGUCCCAUUGAACCCAACGUGAAUGGUAAUGUGAAGACAAUUUUGAUAGCUGUCAAGGAUCCGAAAGCUGGAGAUGAUAUAACUGUUUCUGGAUACGGGGAAGUCGCUCCUGGAGUAGCGGGAGAUGAGUAUUUGAAAGAAGUAAUUGUUCCCAUAAUCAGUCACAAGAACUGCCGGCUCUACUUUCCAAAGGUAACUGAUAACAUGUUCUGCGCUGGAUACCUGGUGCGCCCAAAUGAUGCUUGUGGAGGUGAUUCCGGUGGUCCUGCUGUUGUUGUAUACAACGGCUUUUUAUAUCUCGUUGGCAUCGUUUCUUUUGGCAAGGCUUGUGGAACGAUGGGCUUCGUUAACUAUAAACUGACGUAUUAUCCCGGUGUUUACGUUAAAGUUCGUAACUACAUUCCGUGGAUAAGAGCAGUGACUAACCUUGUCAUAUGA